UUAAGAAGUAACAUGGUGACGGCAAUUUUGCUUUUUAAGUAAUGAAAAAAAAAAGACCUAAAAAAUAUUCCGAUCAGGAACCUUCAGGUCUUCUGUUUCUUGCACCAUGUCAACAUUCUCUGUCAUACAAAACCCUAUGCUGGAUAAUCCUUCACAGCCGCCAAGAACUCGUUCGCGUGUUUUGAAUACCCUGGCAAGCAUGCCACUGAUGCCGGUGCCCUCCUUCCGUAACUUGGUCAAUCGAUCCUUGUUACAUAUGCAACAACAUAUGAAAAACAACAGGAAAAUAGCGCCAGUUGUUAGCCAGUCAAAGACAGAAGGACCUAAACUAGCAAAGAUAGCUAUGGCGGAUAGUAAACAAGAACCCGUGGUCUUUUACAAUGGCCCCUUUCAGACGUCCGACCAGCUUUCAGCCGAUAAGUUAUCAUGGAUCAAAGCUGUGUCGGCCGAAGAACCUGCGCAAAAUCCGUUAACAGAGUAUAAAUGCUCAGUCGUAUUUCGAAAGUCUUUUACAAGAAGCAAGACCUAUCCUAUUGCAGGUCACACCCAGUCAUAUUUGAAGCCCAAAGCCAUGUUCUAUUUACGAGUGCUUCAGAUAACGGGACAGAAGGAACAGAAGAAUUACAACCUGAGGUGCGUGAUCAAGGUGAACGAUGAAACGUUCAUGGGAAAGUAUGCCAAAAUUGAAAAAUGCGGCAAACAUAAUAUACAAGCAAACUUUGAGGAGACAUAUCUUGUAGACAUCGAGGAUCCGACUGUAGUCAGCCUGAAUCUAUACGCUCAACCCAAGGGAAAAGCUAUGUUCAGUAGCGAGAAUCGACGCCAAGACAGAUGUAUCGGAUCAGUAUCGUUCAAUGUUAAUUUAUUCUCUGAGCAAAAACGUCUACAACGCUUUUCCAUUAUAAAUUAUUCCGACAACGAUUGUCAACCAACGGGCUAUGAAUUGCUGGCUGUUACCGGGACUUACGUUAGUUCCAAAUCACAGGCUUUGAUUCAAAAUAGAGCCCUGUACGAUGAUUAUGUGAACAUAUACAUCAAUAGCAAGGGCGUGCCGCGAAUUGAACGGUAUCGGGCUAUUUUACGAGGUGCGCUUCUGGAGUUGCACGAUUUCCAGACGCAACAGGUAUGAAGCCACGGACCAAAUCGAAUGAUUUAUCGCUUAUGUAUUGUAGUCUUGUGAUCCUUUACACGUCAUCCCGCUACACGCCUUAAUCCAUGCUCGCUUGCUGAACGCUGAACAAGAU